CCACGUUUCUUCUCCCUGAGCUAGUUUUUUUUUGUGGUCUACGAAUGGCUAUGACUGUGGUCGUGAUUGAUGCGCCCAGACCAAUCCCUUCAAUGAGUUCUUCAAGUCGAAACCAAUUCUGUAGGUUAAAAUCGCUCAUGGCAUUCUCGAGCAUGAGCUCCACGUCGAUGAGUCACUGUAGGUCGCUUCUCCCUACAGUUCAUGGGAGGCAGGUUACAUUCCGGCUUUCACAGCAAGAGAGACUCUGCAUCUGCAGUUAGAGAGAGAGAGAGCGAUAGCGAGAGUGUUAUUAUUUAGCUGUCUUUGAGAUUUUGGGUUGAAACAUUUACACGAAUCCGGGCUUGCACACAAUGUCGCUAUGUAAGGCAAGUACCUCACUAAAGAGAGGCCUAGAGUUUGGUACUGGUUGGGAUAUUUGGAUCUUUGCCACUCGGAGCCGGCUAUUGCCUCCGGUCGCUAUGUUCCCAACAUCGCCUACGAGGACUUCUUCCUCCUCCGUAACUAAGUACCCAUUCUAAUUUCAGUGGUCCCUCUUCCUGUUUGUUGUGAACAUUAUCUUCUCUGGUGGUGAGGUUUGGUGCAAUGUGGAUACAAACACCAAACCACGAUCUUGUCUUAUCCUCACCUAGCCUUAGGCCAGCGGCUGUGAACAUCUGCGAACUUCGCUGAUUUUUCCGAACCUCUUUUGUAGGAGACAUCGCUUCUGGAUUCAUAAAUUUAAACUUGUCGUAAAUAGUUGGGGUGUUGCCCUUCGUCUUCAACGACCUCUAAAUCUGGAGUGCACCCUUACUUCAUCCUCAGCUCUAUUCUCUUUGACGUCAUAUUCCUUCUUAAACCCUUUAAUUGUUAAGGUUAUUGUCAUUGGAUCGCUUUAAGUUAAACUUUUAACCUCAAUCAGAGGACUCUUAGUAGCCUUUGACUCGGAGAUGCUUCAUGAAGAGACCAGGUUUCGAUCUAGUUUCAUGCAAUUUACUUGUUAAGUCCUUAUUUCUGUCUAACUUGUGAAGUGGACAGAUGAGACCUAACAGGCUACGUAACAUGGUUUCUUUCCCUUCUGACAGCAAUACUCUGCAGUUUAGACUCCUUUUGCUUCCCUCUUCGGAAUUAAUGGUAGCCAGGUUCACAUCAAUGCGAAGUUGACUGUCACUGAUGUCGGUAGACUAUUCAUUGCCUUCCUAUCCAGCUACACUGUGAUUUGAAGAACUGCAGUCCUUCGCCUGUAAAAAGCAGAAAUAAUUUCUUUUGACCCAAGUGAUGCACGAUUGUAUUGUCGAAACAACUUUGUGUCAAAACCUGAAACCAAAUCCCCUAAAUUUCGAGCUACAUAGGAUGGUGUUGUCUCCACGGACAUUCUAGUCUCCUGAUAAAGUAGGCUCACGUUGCUCGAAGAAGUGCGACUUCAAUGGAGGAGAUGGUUCAAUCGUGGUUCAACAAAGAGGUGGUUCUGAGAGGAGGAGCUUCUCCGCCUUCUACGAUAUCGGGACCUCUGCAUCUGCUUAAAUGCUUUUACUAAUGUUCUGGAGGCCAACCACAUUCUAGACCAAAGAUCUUUUGACACCAGAAAAAUGGACAAGUUUCAGGAGAAAGAAUCGUCUAAGCGGAGCUGGCCUGGAAGAAGAAAUCUAAUGAAAAGGGAUCCGUGGCGCCAGAGCUUGCUGGAGCUUCACCAGUCCAUUCUUCCAGACUCAUCGAUGAUCAUCAGAAAUGGGACUAUCACCAUCAGGAACUGUCAAAGCACUUGCACCAAGCGUCACCUCCACGGGUGCCCCCUGUCCUGCCGAAGCAUGCCAAGCUGGACGUUAAGGAUGGCCAUGAGCAGGCCAGAGACUCCCACGAGCGCUGUCGCGAGGCUUUGAACGAAGCCAGGAGUCAGUGGAAGCAAUCCGAGGAGCGAGCUCUAACAAUGAAUGAGAAGCUGAACGAGAAGCUGGCUAAUGCCCUUGCGGAUAUUUCUACCAAAGAUAACCUAGUAAAGCAACAUGUCAAAGUGGCGGAGGAGGCUGUCACAGGAUGGGAGAAGGCGGAGGCAGAAGCAGUGGCCAUGAAAGCACAGUUAGAUGUGGCUCUGCAACAAAAGCUGGCUACUGAGGACCGUGUUGCGCACUUGGAUGGGGCGCUGAAGGAGUGCAUGAAGCAGUUGAGGCAUGUGAGGGAGGAGCAGGAGCAACGUAUUCAUGACACUCUUGUCAAGAAAUCGCGCGAGUACGACAAAUUGCGCAUUGAGAUGGAAACAAAGUUGGCCGAAUCAUCUCAUAUUCUAUCCCAGACACGAUCAGAUCUUCUGGAGUCCAGAGCAGAAGUGACAGCCCUUAGCCACGCCUUGCAGGAACGUUCGAGAGGCUUAGCGGAGUUGAGCGAGGUGAAGGGGCGAGCUGACACAGAAAUCAAAGUGCUUCAGGUGAGGCUGGAAACUAUUGAGAAGGAAAACUCUCAACUCAAGUAUGAAGUGCAUGUGCUUAACAAAGAGCUUGAAAUACGGAGUGAGGAGAGGGAGUACGAGCGCAAGGCUGUUGAUAUGGCGUCCAAGCAACACCUUGAGAGCGUGAAGAAAAUCACGAAGCUGGAAGAGGAAUGUAAUCGACUGCGUCUGUUGGUUCGCAAAAAGCUUCCAGGUCCAGCAGCAAUCCAGAGGAUGCGGAUGGAGGUGGAAGGCAUUGGAAAAGACAACAAUGACAAGGCUCGGCGUCGCUCAUUAGGCCGGAGUGCGAGCAGCGUGGACCAGUCCUCAGCUGAACCAAUGCAAGAAAAUGGAAAUGGAAAUGAAAAUGGUAGGCGAAGUCGAGAGGCUCAGAUGUUGGCAGAGCGAGUGGUGGCCAUGGAUGAGGAGAUGAAAAUGUUGAAGAAUUCACUCGCGCAACGAACCGGGGAGCUCCAAGUGGCCCGCCUCAUGUGCUCCAAAACUGCAUCGCGCCUCUCAGUCGUGGAGGAAGAACUUAACCAAGCAAAACUUCAUCACGAACCAACACAACAAGUGUCUGAAUCUGAUCCUACGAAACAAGGAAAAGGCUCAACGGGAAGCUUCACCGACACACGGCGAGACUCCCAAAACUUCGAGCUCAUGGACGACUUCGCUCUCAUGGAGCAGUUGGCAAUGAAGGAAGCUUUGACCGAAUCCGGAAUUUCUACGCAUAGUACAGUGCUCGUGUCUCAUGAAAUCGAUUCAACAUCAACUACUACUGCAGGGUCGAUGCACCAGAAGGUCUUAGAGUUGGAGGAGUCCAUAGCAGCUAAAGUACGUGAGCUAGAAGAAUCCAAGGAUCUCUGCCAAGACCUUAAGUCAAAGCUUGCAGCGGCUGAGGAUCUAAUUGCUGUGUUGCAAACUCGAAAUUCAGCCAACGAGACCACUUUGAUUAACCUGCAAGACCAGCUCGAUCGACUGAACGAGGCCCGUCUUGAGCAAGAAAUUGGUGGUGAACAUGCUUCGACACCGAUUUCAUCCAAGAGGCUCUCGGGAUACACCAUCAAAGACAUCCUCGUUAGGGAAAGAUCAAAGAGAGGAACUCAAGUGUCUUCAGACGCGAGCUCCUCUGAAUUAGGAGAAGUCCAUGAGGAUCACACGUCCAUCUCCGACGCUGAGUCGAAGGCCAGCACCGUGCACUCGGAGUUAGCAGUUGCAGUAUGUAAGAUAUUACAUAUCGUGGAAGCUUUGGCCCAGGCUACCGGAAAUGAGCACAGUCCAUUGAACUCUAAUCACUCCGACGUGACAGUUGGCGAAAUAUGGUUGCAAUUUGAAUGGGAGAACAUGGCGCUGGACAACACGAUGCGCAACCUUGCCCACGUUAGCAAUAGGUUCCUGCAAGGGAAGUAUGAUCUUAUCGACUUUGUGACAGAGUUGGGGACAGCCUUGGACUCCAUUAUGGCUCUCAAAUCGAACGAAGGCGCAAGGCAUAGAGGAGAAGAGAGCAAUGAAGAGAUAGCAAGCGUCCACCAGGAGGCUCACAAGGAUCUAGAACGGCAGAGUGAGGAGUUUGCCGAUCUGAAUGCUGAGCUUGACAGGCUAAAAUCUGAGAAAGCAGAGACCGAGAGGCUCUUGGAGGAGGCAAACGAGCAGUUAGAGGUGUUCAAGGUCCAGCCACAUGAAUGGAAGCAACUGGUUUCCGACAGGAAUAUGUUAUUACACGAUCAGCAGGAGGCUGAAUCUCCAGAUACUGACAAUGGAAAGGAUCAAGAUGACAUCAUCGAAGAAGAGUUGAUGCAGCUAUCAUCUUCGAACCCCGCCCUUCGAGCUGCAAGUGGGGAGCUUAGUAAAUUGCAAGACAAGGUGGCUGCUCUGGAAAGGGAGUUGAAUGGUGAACGCCAGCGCUAUGAAAGUGUUUCCACUCAGCUUACAGUGCUUCAGCAGCAAAUCCGGAGAGGACAUGCUGUCAGCAGUGAAAUUUCCGGGCUCUCUCACGGGGAGUUUUCAAGUCACUCUACGUCGGAUGAAGACGAAGACGACACCAAAUCCCUUAAGCAACGGAGAAGUGAGGCAGCAAAGCAGGAGGAGGAGGAGCGGCAGAUAGCAGCAGCGGCACUGGCCGAGUGCCAGAGGACCAUUCUAGUUCUGGGGAAGCAAUUAAAAUCCAUGGGCGCCACCAUUUCACCUCCACCUGACCUUCCCUCGUCAAACUCCUCCGAAUCAGCAAACUCCAUACAAAAGAUGACUGAGAACAUGGAGCUUCUCCGGUGGCAGACCGAAGCAGGAUCCACCUUGAGCAUACAUAACCACAUUCCGUCGGGGGUGAAGGACCGCUCCGGCCCUGGAUCUCCAUGGAACAACCACGCUGGACCUCGCCGGGCACCUCGCAGCCCCAGCCCAGCGCCACGAAACGGUGACUCCAGCUUUUACCUCCGAGCAGAGAAUGGGACCAGCUAUGGCAACACUGGUUGCAAAGGGCCGCAAACAGGCUUCUCUUCUCCGUCAUGCUCCGAGUACUCCCCCCACGAGCCUCUCUCCAUUCCAGGGUCUCCCUCCCGGGGCUCUGGAGCAACCCCCCAAUCCAACGGCAGCCCUCGUGGCUUCAACGCAGAUCCAGUCGCAGCCAAUUUCAGCCGCUUCUACUCACUCUCUUCUGGCGCAACCUGAUCCAUCUCUUGCAUCGGAACUGUACCCACAAUUCAGUCCCAUCGAUUAGUUCAUGUCACAGUAGUGGCUCUGCUCUUGAAGCUGUCGGCCGAAAGCUGCACUGCGCAAUCACGUAACGUGCUUGUCUUCACUUGAGUUGUGAAACAAUGCAUUAUUGACAGGUGGGUGUCACCUUUAAGUUUCUAUGGCUCUUCAUCAUCAUCUUCAGCUUCCACUGCUGUAAAGGUGUUAUAUAUGGAUGUUUUCAAAGCACUGGGUUGAAGGUUUCGUAAUGUUUUAUUGCCGAUGGCCUUGGUUAGCCCCCGUUGCGCCGCAGUGUCUCUCAUCUUGAGUAUAGCCAUUGCAUAUAUGUAUAUGUGUGUGUUUGAACAAUUGUUUUCAUUACAUGUAGAUAAUAUAAUGUAAUAUGAGUCGUGACAACUGUUUUCAGUCCA